AUGGAGAACCAAACUGAUUCAUUGGUCUUUCUUUUUCUUGGACUUUCCAGUGAUCCUCAACUACAGAUCUUCCUUUUCUUAUUAUUUUCAAUCAUUUUUCUAAUUACACUGUCAUUAAACAUCACAAUCAUUUUGAUCAUAAGAAUGGACCCUUCCCUCUCUGCACCCAUGUAUUAUUUUCUCUCUCACUUGUCCUUUGUUGACAUCUGUUACUCUACAGACAUUGUUCCUAAGAUGUUAAUCAAUUUUCUUAUGAAGCAAAAGACAAUUUCCUUCACUGACUGUGUUAUGCAAAUGUUUUUCAGUCUUCUACUAAGUGUUACAGAGGUUUUCCUGCUCUCUGCAAUGGCUUAUGAUAGAUACACUGCUGUGUGUCACCCACUUCAUUAUGUAAUGAUCAUGAAUAAAGCAAUAUGCACUUACCUGGUUUUGGGAGCAUGGCUCAUGGGCUUGCUGUUUGCAACCAUAAACUCAGUGCCCACAUUUGGCUUACGGUUUUGUGGUCUUCAUGAAAUUAACCACUUCAGCUGUGAACUUCCACCAUUAUUGAAAGUGUCUUGUUCUGACACUAUUGUUAAUAAUUGGAUUCUUUUAUCUUCUGUAUUGUUUUUUGGACUUGGUUCCUUCUUACCAACUUUGAUCUCCUACAUUCACAUCAUCACCAGCAUCAUGAAGAUCCAUUCUGCAGAGGACAGAAGCAAAACUUUUUCUACCUGCAGCUCUCAUCUCAUUGUGGUGGGUUUGCUAUAUGUGACAGGAAUGUCCCAGUACAUGAAACCCAGCAGUAUUUCUUCCAUUACACUGGAUGAGCUUUUCUCUAUUCAGUACAGCAUUUUGACCCCCAUGCUGAACCCAAUUAUUUAUAGUCUGACAAAUAAGGAAGUGAAGAAGGCACUUAGAAGAAUAUUUACAAAAAAGUAA